AUGAAUCGUUUCAUCUCAAGUCUCUUCGCGUCCAAGCCAAAAUCCAAGGCCGAGAGAUACGGCUUGAAGGGCGGAGUUCCCGUCGUCAAUACACCAUCUCCAGCGCCCUCGGUGGUCAACACCCCUCCAGAGCCUCAGCACCCAGAAGAUCAAGAUCUUUUUGAGGGCGACGGACAUGACUCAAUACCCGUCCGCGAUUCUGACGACGAACUUGGUCCAAUACCACCCAUCCCCAUCGAGGUUGGAGGAUCCAUCAUAGACUCUGUGGCUAGACUCGCCACCCUGCCCGGGAUACAGGAGAUACGGAGCCUGAUGAAAGAAGUGCUGCACCAUGUUCAGGCGGAUAAUAAAGUCACGGCGGAGAUUAAAGUACUAGAGAGCAACUGCGAAUUUUUAUUCGACCGAAUGCAGGAUCUAAACCCAACAUCACCCGAACUCAAUGAUGAAGUGACGAGGAUGAGGAAGGAACUAACAAACACACUUGCCCAUCUAAAUCAUUAUGGCACUAGUGAAAUCGCGAGAGCCCGGAGUAGACUGGCGAUUCUCAACCGAAUCGAGCGAUGUCGUACGGCCCUUGGGCGCAUCCAGACGAAGUUCCAGUUAGUACAAGGUGCAGAGAUUUUGAACGUACAACGACAGAUACUGGCGCAACAAACCAGCUCAUCUUCGUCUGACCUUCAAAAAGAGAUCCAAGCAAGUGAAGAAGACCUACAACGGAUUAUGCGACAAUAUGCUGGCAAGAGAAUUCCCCGGGAAAUGAUCCUAUCAGAACAGAUUGUAUAUAGAGGGAGUAAAUCCCACGGUGACGGGAGGCGCUUUGGCGUUUACAAAGGUGAACUUAUGAACGGAGAGAAGGUGGCCAUCAAAAUUUCUGCACACAAGCCCGGCUUGCACGACGACAACGGAAGGAACUUUGGUAGGCGAAUUCUACGACACGCCACGACCUGGCAAUCAUUCGACAACAAAUACAUUCUUCCUUUUCUCGGGAUGGGCGUUGAAGUCAUGAAGGCGGAGGAGCCUGGCUCUUGGGACCACUUCAGAGUAUAUUUCGUUUCUCCAUGGAUUCCAGAUGGCGACGCGGUCAAUUUUAUUCGGAAUGCACGCCUGCAAGGUUCAUAUGUUGAUGUUGCGAAGAUUGUCCGUGAUGCAGCCUUGGGGCUGAAAUAUUUACAUCAACUAGACGAGCCUUGCGUUCACGGUUCAAUACGGGGCGAGAAUGUCUUGAUCAAGAUGGAAGGGGGUAUCGAACAGGGAUGUCUCAACGGGUUUGCCCUGACUAAAAGGCAGAUCCGUAGUAAACCGCCUCCGGAACUCACUGGUGAAGACGGUAUAUGUAGAUGGAAGGCGCCUGAAAUAAUAGACUCCAUAUCCGGUGACCCCCAAAUGGAUCCUUCUUCUGAUAUAUGGUCGUGGGCAAUGACAGCGUUGCAGCUCUAUUCAGGCCUUGAACCGUAUCAUCAACAUGUCAAAGACCACCGAAUCUGCGCCGAAAUAAUGGCAGGCAGAACUCCCAAACGAGAGGAUUAUCCAGAAUUUGACAAGUAUGCGCCGCUUCCCGACAAAACAUGGACGCUCCUUGAGAAAUGCUGGAACAUGGAGCCGGAGGAGCGACCUACGAUUCAAGAUGUUGUUGAUGAGCUUGAGAUGAUUAAUUCUGAAGCUAACCCUGAUUCUAAUUAG